AUGCUCACCUGGCCCAAAGAAGUGGCCUACACCUCUGACAAUACAACUGUUCAAGUUAAAUGGACAAACUAUAGUGAUCCUGAAUCUGAGAUAUCAAUAUAUGAAGUUUCACUGUGGAGGAAUACUUCUUGUUAUUCUGAUGGACAGGAAGCACUUUUGGUAGAUUGGAUAGAAUUAACCAACAACUACACAGAAUACAGCUUUGUCAAUUUGAAUCUUACAAUGAAUAUACCUUAUACUGUUAGGUUGAAAGUUUCUAAUGCUGCAGGUCUUUACAUUGUACAAAAAUCUUCACCAGUUUUAUACGACCCUUCCAAGCCAACAGCAGGUACUUUACAGGAUGGAUCAGACUUUUCAACACCUCAAGUAUGGUUUAGCUCAACUACAACAGUAACAGGUUCAUUUCUUCACUUUGCCAAUCCUCUUGGGUCAGCCUGUCCAUCAAGACCUAUUUCAAUGGUUAAUGAUCCUGACUGGAGCAGACUGCAGCAAAUUGGUCUACGAGACCCUAGUGGCAAGAAAUGGUCAUUACUGUAUCAAACACAAAAUAUCAACAAGGAUAUAUAUGAUGAUAUUGUCUCUGUGAAACUUGCACGAGACCACAAAAAACAGCAGAUGUUUACUGGGGCAUAUUACAGACCUGCUGACUUUGAAAAUGGUGGCACAUAUCAUAUUUCUGUAAAACCUGCCCAUGGACAUGGUAUUGCUGUAACAGAAUUAUUGUUCUGGGAUGGGCAGGAUAAUAGCAUUGCAACCUUUCAAUAUGAAGAACCAUUUGACUGGGCAUCAUCAGUUUGUCAGUGUUGUUUACUGGAUCCAAUACCUUUGGACUGUGAUUAUUGUAAUUGCUCGAGAUAUCUGUCAGAUAAAUAUGGAAACAGUACAAAACCUACAGUACCUAGUACCUCAACAGGAACAACUAUCUUGACAACUACACAGCCAUAUGACAUAGUUAAUAAUCCUGACAACAGUGACGUUUCAGAACCUGUAGAUACAAGUAAACCAAUAGCAAAAAGAGCAUGUGGCAUUCAAGUAUUUUCAGAUCAAAAUCCCAAGAUAGUGACUUGGUGUAGAUCUUUGAAUGACAUCUAUCCUGUAAUGAAGACAGCUGUGGAUUAUAACAUCACAGGAGAAUUUGUAAACUUCAAAAUCAUAUUUAAACCUGAGAUGGACGAUGCAGUUGAUAUAUCUUUGUGUCUUAUUGUAUCUGUAAAUGAUGAGAAAUUAACAGAACUAUGUGGAAUACCUAUUCUAAGUAAAUCAACAAAAUUAGUGCUUCACGUUUUCAAUCGUGAUAAUUUUGUGCCAGAUAUUACAGAUAAAUUUAACAUAUUUUCCACCAAAGCAUAUUUCAAGAAUCUAAUCCUGCCACCCCCAGCUGGUGCACUUUGUCGCUAUGGUGAUCCAUUCAGAGGCGGGACUAUUCCGAUAAUAAAAUAUGAAGUUGGUAUUGGAAGUGACAAACUUUUAACAGAUAUUGAACCAUUUAGAGAAGUGAUAGUACCCUGUAUACCUUGCUUUGGAGAAUGUUCCAAAUAUAACUGUAAUAAGGACUGUAAUGUUGAUCAGCAUGUGGAUUUUAAGUUUACGUUGACCGACUUACAUCUAAUGCCUCAAGUUGUUGAUGUGAAUGAAACUGGACACUACUAUAAUAAGACAAUAAUCUAUUAUCUUACAGGAAAAGCUGUUACAGGGGCUGGGGAUACUGCUCUGUCAUCAUCAUCAGGGUUUUAUAUUGACCUUACAAUACCUGUGUUUGACCCUGAUGUAAUGUUGACCAGUCCAAUUUAUACUGAUGCAAAACAAGGAGAGUUUCAGCCAAUUAGAUAUCAAGCAUCCAACAACACUAUUAAAGCUUUCUGGAGAUGUACAGAUGAAGAAAGUCAAAUCAAGGAAAAUUUGUGGGCUAUUGGUGAAAACUCAGGUGGAGAAGAAAUUCAAAGUUUUCAGUCCAUUGGCCAUAACAUGACAGCCCUUAAUUCAUCACUAGAGGGCAUCCUAAAGCAUAACCAUACAUACUUUGUAUCUAUUAUCUGUAUUAAUGGUGGUGGGAAAUGGGCUUACUGGAAUGAUACAAUAGGUGUUGUGGUACUAUUGGAGCCACCAGAGGUUGACAAUUUGAAUAAUACAAUACUUGGAGAAAUCAAACAAUUCAAAGAAGCAGUAGUACCUACUGAUGCCAUGGAAAGUUUUGAUCCUACAACUAUAGGGUUCACCUUUACUGUUAGUGAAGAUAAAUCUAUAAAGAGAUAUGAGAUAUGCAUUGGAACAUAUAAAAAUUUAGACAACAUUUUCCCUUGUACCUGGGUUGGUUAUAACACGUCAGGAUCAGCUUCUAUCAAAGAUGGAUAUUUGUAUAUUGAUGAUAUCAAGCUGAGACCUUUGUCUGAGCUAAAGACCAAAUAUUGGAAUAUCUCCUAUGAAUUUACGGAAAACAAGACAAGUGUAUUCCAUAUGGAACCUGGUCGGACAUUAUUUAUGACUAUGAGGGUUUGUAAUGAAGCUGUGCUUUGUACCAAUAAGUCAAUAGGAAGUGUGCUGAUAACCAACACAGAAACUGUAUUGAAAACAUCAGAACACGGAGAAUCCAUUGAAAUUGUACAGUCAGUUGCUUCUAAUUCAACACGGAAAAAGAGGGACACAGAUGUGAUUGUUGUUACAACACCUGGCGGACUGGAACCUGGUCAAACAGUUGUACUACAGCCAAUAUCCGAGAGGGAUCUCAACACAGAAUACAGAUCUGAUUCUUCAACAGAUUUCCAACCGUACAUUGUUAAUCCAGCAACUUCAUUUGACAUGGUUGAAAGAUUAUUGUAUAGAAGAAUAUAUUCCUAUGAAACUUCAUUUUCGGUGAUACCUGUUGGUCACCUCUCAAUGCCAGGCCCUAUGAAUAUUACAUAUCAAGAUGCUGUCGGUGAGAAUGAAGACAACAGAACUGUACUAGCACACUGGAAUACAGUUAUUCAGCAGUGGGAAUUAAGUGGUAAAACCUGUGGUGAUGCAUCACUUCUAGAGAUUGAUAAUGAAGAUGGUACAAAGACUGUUCAGGUUUGCAAAACUUGGAGAAGUGAAACAGAAGCAAGAAAUCAGACUGAGGAAUCUAUUUUAUAUUUCUCUGAAGAGACACAAUUUGCUGUUUUCAUUGUAUCAAACAGAGUAUACAACACUGCACCAACACUGAUCAGUAAUAGAUAUAUAUCUAUCAAUGAAGAUCAAGGUACAGUACAGUACCAGUUAGAGGCAGCAGAUGAAGAGGAUGAUACAGUGAGAUUUUACCUUAAAACAAAACAGACAUACAAACUUGGUGCUCCAGUUCUGUAUGAGAAUGGCUUAUUGAUGUACACUCCAUGUAAAGAUUGUUCAGGAGUAGAAACAAUUGAUAUCAUCCUUAGAGAGAUACAGACCAGUAAGGAUAUUACACCAGCCAGCAGUGAAGUUACACUUGUUAUUACAAUUAUUAAUACCAAUGAUCCACCAGACAUUUUCCUUGUACAGUAUGGUCAGUCUAUUUUGUUAGAUGAUCCAACAGAGCCGGUUAUGGUAUAUUUGGAACAGAAGACUGAAUAUAACAAAAACAAAUGGACAGACGAUUUCACAGCUGUUAUAGGAGCAUUUGAUGUGGAACAACAGCAUCUUGUUAUUGAAGUAUACAAACCAACAUUGGGAACAGUUAUAUUUACAGAAGUGAAAAGAACUGUACCCAAUAUGGAUGACUGUGAUAUUGAUACAAAUGCAGCCAGUGAUCUAUGUGGUAACUUUAGUUAUGCUCUGCCUCAUGAUAAAGAAACCAUGUCCUGGAUUUAUACCACCUUGACCUACAAACAAAGCAUAAAUGUAACAGGAAAGGACUUCAUUAAAUUGUAUGUCUCUGAUUCCAUGAAUGCCUCAUCAUCAGUAGUGACUGUACAGUUUGUUUUAAUGGAAUCACCAUGUCACAAUGAUGGCUUUUGUCAACCAAAAAAUGGCAGUAACUAUCCUUGCACCAGUCCGUAUAGAGCUAAUAAUUUUGAUCAGUAUUUUGAAUGUGUAUGUUUACCUGGCUGGAUAGGUGUAUACUGUGAAGAAAAUAUUAAUGAAUGUUUAAGUUCAAUAUGUGAUGAACCAUUUGAAUGUGUUGAUGGUGUCAAUAAGUAUGAAUGCAGAUGUCCAGUAGAUGACCCUAACUGUGAUUUUAAGAUGUGGAUCAUUCCAUUGAUUGUCCUCAGUAUAGUUUGUGUGGUGAUGAUCUUCAUAGUGGUCAUUUGUAGAUAUUGGAAGAAAAGAGUGAAAAACAAUAAAGCUUAUAGAGACCAUCUUAACCAGAGUACUAAAGAUUUGUUAAGUGAUGAUUUAUCUCAGGAAUUUUCAUUUGUUAAAGAUCCAGUGGACAAGAAUUGCCAAAGCCGUCCUGGAACCGCAACUUUAGAUGCAAGGCAAGUUGAGUUCCAAGAGAGCCAUGAUGAUCUUGCAAAUUUGAAUCUAGUGGGACUUCUGAAUCCUGUUAUUGGUAAAACUGCAAACCCAAGAUGGAAGAAUAAGGUUUACCCUAAAUCACUUACCAAGAAAUCUACAAUUCCUUCAUUACAACAGAAAACAGAAACCAAGAUAAAUGAAGAAGUUGAAGAAAUAGAUAAUUUGAAGGAUGACUGGACAAAUUCGUCACCUGUGCAUCAAGCUCUUGAACAAGCCAUGAAACCUAUACCAAAACAUUAUAAGAAGUCUUUAAAAGAAAUAAAAUCAGAAUUGUUAGCUGAUAAUAUAGAGUCAAUAUCAAAUCCAACUGAGGAAAGAAAGCUAGACACGGAAGACAUCCAUCAACAGGCCAUGCCAUCUCAUUUUAAACCAAUGUAUCAAGCAAAAUUGGCAAAGCCACUUCCCACAACUGGUCUUGUUGCACAAAUCAUGUCUUACAGUCGAUACAAUGAAAAACAACAGCUUGAGAAAAGCAGUGAUGCUUAA